AUGAGCGGCGAGGAGGCGCCGCUGGGCGCACUCCACCUGGCCGAGUACGCCCCCGCCGGCGCCCGCACCGUCGACUGCUUCCAGCGCAUCCGCAAGAUUGGGGAGGGCACCUACGGCGAGGUAUUUGAGGCUGUGGAUAUCAUAACUGGGGAAAGAGCAGCACUUAAGAAAAUUAAACUGGAUGAUGGAAAAGAAGGGUUUCCACGUCAAAUUUUGCGUGAGAUUAAACUAUUAAAAAAGCUGGAUCAUGCGAACAUCAUCAGGUUGAAAGAGAUCGUAGUUUCUCCUGGUUCUGUGCAUGGAACAGGAGGAUCAGAUGAUUACAUGUACAGGGGAGAUAUAUACAUGGUCUUUGAAUACAUGGACCAUGAUAUGAAGAAAGUCUUGCACCAUAGCAUACCAUCUCAAGUCAAGGUUUAUAUGGGGCAGCUUCUGAAAGGAUUGCACUACUGCCAUGUCAACAAUGUACUUCAUCGUGAUAUCAAAGGGGCUAAUCUUCUAAUAAGUGGUGAUAAGCUGUUAAAGAUUGCCGAUUUUGGCCUUGCGAGGCCAUUUACCAGGGAUGGAAGUUUCACAAAUCAUGUGAUCACUUUAUGGUACCGACCCCCAGAAUUGCUUCUAGGUGCUACAAAUUACGCUGAAGCUGUGGAUAUUUGGUCUGUUGGUUGCAUAUUUGCAGAAUUUUUGCUGAGAAAACCACUCUUUCCAGGCAGAACUGAGCAAGAACAACUGUCAAAAAUAUUCGAACUCUGUGGAUAUCCAAAUGAAGACAACUGGCCAGGCGCAUCCAAGCUACCACUGUACAAAACUAUCAAUCCUGCAACUCCGACCAAAAGACGCCUGCGAGAUAUACUUAAGAACUUUGACUGCCAUGCUGUGGAAUUGAUUGACCGCAUGUUGAUCCUUAAUCCUUCUCAGAGAAUUUCUGCGCAGGAUGCUCUUAGUGCGACAUACUUCAUCCAGUAUGGCGAAGAAACUUAGAGUUUCUGUUGUCUAUGGCGGAUUAAGCUCCUUGACUAGGUGUAAGUACUGAAGACUUGUUUCUUGUAGUGAUCUUGGAUUAGGGCUAGGGAUGAAUUUAUUAGUUCGGGGUCUUUUUUAGCUUAAAAUAUAUAUGGAUGUGGUGUAUAUUAUAAUUGCGACAGACUUUAUUUAACUAUUAACUUAUCCAGAA